AUGUCGGCGACACAAAACAGUAGUUUUGAUGAUUACUACAAUUAUAACGAAACUGGGCAUGUAGCACCCCCAUGCAACAAUGGCAACGCAAAGGCUUUCAGUGAGGUUUUCCUUCCCACCCUGUACAGUAUCGUUUUCAUCGUUGGCUUCAUUGGAAAUGGUCUGGUCGUCUGGGUCCUCAUUAGACAUCGUCAAAAAUCCAACAUGACAGACGUGUGCCUCUUCAACCUAGCCCUAGCUGACCUAAUCUUCCUUGUGUCACUUCCGUUCUGGGCUCACAAUGCCAUGGAUGAGUGGAUUUUGGGCAGGUUUAUGUGUCACACCAUAACAGGUCUCUUCAUGAUUGGUCUCUAUGCCAGCAUCUUCUUCAUGGUUCUCAUGACACUGGAUCGCUAUGCCAUCAUUGUUCAUGCCCACAGUGUGUUCUCCAGAAAUCGCUCUACAAAAAUGGGUUUGGCUCUGGCCUCGUUGGUGUGGAUGCUCAGCCUGUUUGCGUCCCUACCUAACAUCAUUUUUGCCAAUGCUAAUAAUGGGACAAACAGCAAAAGUUCAUGCCGACCUGAUUUUCCUGAUAAUACAUCCUGGAUGUCCUUCACCUACAUUAACAUGAACCUUCUGAGCUUAAUUUUCCCUCUGAUUAUUAUGAGCUUUUGUUAUUCCCGGAUUAUCCCAACUCUGCUCAGCAUAAAAUCACAAAAAAGGCACAAAGUGGUCAGACUGAUCCUUGCUGUGGUAGCGGUUUAUUUUCUCUUCUGGACUCCAUACAACAUCGUCAUGUUUCUUAUGUUCCUGCAGAGAAUGGAGUACAUGUUUUCUUGCGAGUGGCAUAAUGGUUUGAGUCUUGCCAUGCAGUGGGUGGAAACCAUCGCCUUGAGCCACUGUUGCCUCAACCCAAUCAUCUAUGCGUUUGCCGGAGAGAAGUUCAGAAGAGCAGUGCUUAAAGUCUUAAAAGAUCAGUUUCCAAUGUGCUUCAAGCAAUGCGCAUCUUUCUCUCAACAGUUAUCUGAGAGGAGAAGCUCAAUCUUCUCCAGAUCUUCUGAAAUUUCCAGCACGCAAAUUGCAUAAACAUAUUCUUUCACAGAGUUAUGUUCAUUUUAAGUAUCUAUAUUUUUACCACUCACGUUUGCUCUUUAUUCCAUUUUCAAUGUUCCCCUUUUCAUGAAUUCAUAUUCAGUUCAGCUUAAAACUUGCAUUUGUUCUCUUUUUGUUUUUGAUGUGUUAAUAACAGGAUUGUAUUAAAAUUUAAAACCCGAUGUUGUUGCAAAAGCGUUCUUCUCUGUACAUAUGCAUAUUGCUUUUGUUGUAAAUAUGAUACAAGCAUUAGUUUUGAUAUACAUUCUUAUUUGUAAGCGGUUUUAAACAAGCCUAUUGUUCAGGGGUGAAAUUAGUGUUAUGUUUGAUGUCAAUUGUGUUAUCUUUUCAUGUGACUUUCUGAAAUCUUUCUUGAAGAAAUACAUUGUUUAUAUUUGAA